ACGCAUCUGGUAGAGUGCGGAGUCGUUCAGUGGGCUCAAGCCGCCAGGGCCUUUCGACAGACGAUGAUCAAUGGUAACCGCGUUAAGGGCGGAUUAUUGGAAGUCCCAAGGACGUAAGUUCUGCGACUUCUGCAAGUGCUGGAUCGCCGAUAAUAAACCGAGUAUCGACUUCCAUGAAGGCGGCAAGAAGCACAAGGAAAAUGUCAGUAAGCGGCUCAAGGAGAUCCACAAGAAUAGCGCCAAACAGGCAAAACAGAAUAAAAAAUUCGAGGAUGACCUCAAGAAAAUGGAAAAUGCGGCUAUGGCUGCGUACUUGAAAGAUGUUGAGAAUAACACGCGAGAUAUGACUGCUCAGAGAAUCAUUAAAGAGAAACUGGAUAGGAUAGAAACAAAAGAAAUAAAAAUGCCUCAAAAUUGCAACCAUAUACCGUCAGCCGCUCCAGAAACGGUUCCAAGAUUCAAAAACAAUAGUGGACAGUUCUUGCCAAAAGUGGAUCCUUGUGACCCGACAACUUUAUCAAAAGGCGCGCCGUCGUUUCCACGAGUCCAGCAGCAGCACAGUGGCGAGAACAGGACUCCGGGGAAGAGUAAAUCGGGUAAGGCGAAGGGAAAAGGGAAGAAGACUCAGGAGGAUGAUUGUCCGACCGCACCCGUCAGAAAACUGUGGUAUGAGGCUCGUAGUCCCGAAGGAUACACUUACUAUUGGCACAUUGAAACGAACGAAUCGGUUUGGGAGCCUCCGGAAGAGGGCUACAUGACUUUCAUGGAGCAAGAAGAAGAGGCGAAGGAAGAGGUGAUCCAGAGAGGGCUCAUGGAACAAUUGGAUAAGGAAGAAGCGGGCAAAAAAGCAGAUAUUCUCGAGGAGCAACGGGCCAACGUCGAGAGAGAGAAGAUGAAAGAGUUCAGGAAACGAUCAAUUGAAAACGAUGAUGUCCAAGAUGCUGAGGAAAGCGUGGAAACAAAGAAGAAAGCGGUUGAAGAAGAACGACCUUACUGGCGAGACUAUAGUGUACCUGAGAGAUCGCAACCUUACGGAUCCUGGCAAAUCGUGGAGACAACCAAGAAGAAAUCAGUGGAUCUUCAAUUGCCAAAACAACAGAAACAAAUACAAUUGCCCACAUUUACGAAGAUAGAGCCACCGCCAUUACAGAGGACUUUUAAAGAAAAAACUGUUAUACAAAUUAAUACAGGUAACAGUGACGAUGAAGAAACAGCCACUACUUUUAAAAAAAGAAAAAUCGGUAAUAAGAACGUGCGCAAAAGAACGACUGAUGAUUGAUAAUAUUUAUUUGUGGAAAGUGAUAUAAUUUUUUGU